GUUGCACAUGCAACAGUGGAACUCUGAAUUGAAGCAGGUAAGGCAGGCUGAACAGAGGAUGGUAUCUAGGAAGUAAUGGAAACCCUGGUGAGAUGUGGGUGAAAUGAUCCUGGAAAGGUUAGAGUUCACACAACUGCUCUGGGAAGUGGCAGGGUCAUUGAUGUGGGCAGAGGUUGGCCUCUGGAAGGCAGAGCAAUCCAGUCCAGGUCUGGGGAGGGAGGCCAGGCUACCCAGGUAAAUGGGGAGGGGGAGUCUGCAGUGGGGCAAUGAAAAGAGUCAAUUCAGAGAAGAUGCAGCUGGGCUUGAGCAAUGUGCCAAGUGCCAAACUAAAAUGACACUCUGGGGACCACCCCAGGUGAAAGGGCUGCUCCCUUUUCUCAGUUUGCACAACAGUUGUGACCCCUCACCUAUGCCAGGUGUGGGCAGAGGGCUAGAAUCACAGUAAUAAAGAAUCCCUGCCACAAAGAGGUUAACGGGACAGAAGUAAAUGAUGACAUUGUGUAUUGGGGGGGGGGGGGUGGAGUUGUGUCCUGUGGGAAUGGGUGGUGAAGUGAAGGAAGUUACUGGAACAGACCCAGAAUCAUGAGCCUGAUUUGGGGAGUUUGAUGAUCAUGUGGGGAUAGCCAAUAGAAAGGUAGAUGCAGGGAGCCAGAGGGACCAACAUACACCUGAAACUAAUAAAGUAUUGAAUGUCAACUAUAAUUGAAAGAUGGAAGUUACCACCAACAGGUAGGGCCAAGAGCCCUGGCAGAGAGAAGGAUGGAAUAGCCUAGAGCAGUGGUUCUGAAUGGGAGAUAAUCCUGCCCUUCCCCCAGGGGACACUUGGUUGUCCCAACUGAGGAGUGCUACUGGUAUCUAUAGUGAGUAGGGGCCAGGGACGCAGCAAAACAUCCUACAAUGCUGCUCACAAUGGAGAAAGGCCAACAGUGCCUAGGCUGAGAAAACCUAGACUACUGCAGUGGUUAUUAAACUUGAUCUUGGGAUCCUUUUAUAAAAGUUGACAUUCAAAAAGCUUUUUUUUUUUUGGCUUAUGUCAUGUAGUCCCCAGAAAAUUCCACCGCAUAUUCGAGAGAGAAUGAUAGUGAAAAUAGUUUUGACUUUGUGAACUCCCUUAGGGUCUCCUGAACCGUGGAAAGCCUAGUUUGAGAAACUCUGGCCUGGUGUUUAAGGUCACAGCUCAGGAAUACAGUUCUGCAUACUAGCUGGGGCAAAGUGAGUGAAUAUUUUUGGCCUUCAGCUUGCUCCGCCAGGUGAUGUUAUCUGCUGCCUAAAUACCUGCAAUAAAACAAGACUAUUUCUAGUUAUUGCUGUAACUACCUACAGAUAUACAGGGCCUGGGGCUGACUUGUCUUCAACAUAUUUGUCUAGAUUAGAAUCUAGUUCCGGCAGGGAAGUGGCCCGCAGGCCUGGGUGGCGCCCUGGAAGUGGUGACCUGUUUUGUAUUGGGUUUUGAGGGACGAGAAGAGUAGUGCAUUGAAGGAAGGGCAUUUUGGUCAUGUUAAGAAAAACGUCGCUCCCAAGGUAAGGGACCCGCGGUUCCUAGCAGACCACGGACCAGAUAAGACCGGGAACCUUUGUGUGCCUUUGGGCACUCCGCAGUAUAUCCUCGUCCACCCGGGAGAACUCUGCCUCCACAUUCCAAACAACCGCUUGCCUGGACUCAACAUGGCGUUAGAAUCCCACAAAACACCUUUGUCUUUUUUAAAAAGCUCCCUGCCUAUUCACUGAUCGCAGAGACCCCGCCCUCGGUCCAAGGCCAUCUAACCCUUGGACUCGCCUCACCGCGGGGGUCCAUUUCCAAUAGCGGAGUAGGGGGCUCCCUUUCCGUUUCCGGGACCAGAAUCCGGAAGUGGCGGUUGAGGGGCCACUUCCUAUCUCCCACUGAGGGGGCUGAGGAGAGGGCGAGUGGCGAUGGCGGCGGUCGGAGGGAGCUCGCCUCCUGAGGCUAAAGAUGGAGAGCCCCAGCGCGAAGCCAUACCAGACCCGGACAGCCAGUGGGGCUAUAUCGAGAAUAGCGACACUGGGCGGGCGCGUCGAAUGCGGGGCGGCGAAAGCUGGUUCCUUGUGGAUCUUGACUGGUACAAACAGUGGGAAGUGUACGUGCGGGAAGGAGACGAAGACCCCAGCACCAUCCCUGGCUGUAUCAAUAAUGCUAAACUCUUUGAAGACAACAUAAACUGGCAACUCAAGAAGGGACUGGUGGAAGGUGAGGACUAUGUGCUGCUCUCUUCCACUGCUUGGACUCUCCUGGUCAGCUGGUAUGGCCUAGAGCAUGGCCAACCGCCCAUUGAACGCAAGGUUGUAGAUUGGCGUGGCAACUGUGAGGUCGAAGUGUACCCAGUAGAACUGCUGCUUGCCCAGCACAGUGAUAUGGACAAAACUCACACCGCUGAAUUCAGCCAAACAGAUUCCAUUGACCUAGUUUUGCGUACCGCUCAAGAUCAGUUCGUGGUGAGCCCCCAGGAAGAGACACGGCUUUGGGUCAAGAACGCAGAGGGCUCCUUUGAGAGAUUGUGCAACACACGUGUGUCACUGCGCACCGCUUCUCUCAAGUCCGGGCAGUUGGUCGUCAUGGAGACCCGAAGCAAGGAUGGCACCUGGCCCAGCCAACAGACACGCGCUGGGAGCAGCGCGACAAAGGAGGAGGAGGAAUUCCACGGCCAGCCAGGCAUCUGUGGCCUCACCAACCUGGGCAACACAUGCUUCAUGAACUCGGCCCUGCAGUGCCUCAGCAAUGUGCCCCAGCUCACCGAGUACUUCCUCAAAAACCGCUACCUGGAUGAGCUCAACUUCUGCAACCCGCUGGGCAUGAAGGGUGAGAUUGCAGAGGCCUAUGCGGAUCUGGUGAAGCAGGCCUGGUCCGGCCGCCACCGCUCCAUUGUGCCCAAUGUGUUCAAGACCAAGGUCGGCCACUUUGCAUCCCAGUUUCUGGGCUACCAGCAGCACGACUCGCAGGAGCUGCUAUCAUUCCUUCUGGAUGGGCUACAUGAGGACCUCAAUCGUGUCAAGAAGAAGGAGUACGUGGAGCAGUGUGAUGCCGCUGGGCGGCCUGAUCAAGAGGUCGCUGUGGAGGCCUGGCAGAACCACAAACGGCGGAACGAUUCUGUGAUUGUGGACACUUUCCACGGACUCUUCAAGUCCACGCUGGUGUGCCCUGAUUGUGGCAACGUAUCUGUGACCUUUGACCCCUUCUGCUACCUCAGUGUCCCACUGCCUGUCAGCCACAAGAGGGUCAUGGAGGUCUUCUUUGUCUCUAUGGACCCCCGCCGCAAGCCAGAACAGCACCGGCUCGUCGUCCCCAAGAAAGGCAAAAUCUCGGACUUGUGCAUGGCCCUGGCCAAGCACACUGGUGUCUCACCGGAAAGAAUGAUGGUAGCCGAUGUGUUCAGUCACCGCUUUUAUAAGAUCUUCCAGCUGGAUGAGUCUCUGAGUACCAUCCUGGAUCGAGACGAUAUAUUCAUAUACGAGGUGUCAGGCAGGUCUUCUAUCACGGAGAACACCAGGGAAGACGUCGUGAUCCCCAUCUACCUGCGAGAACGUACCCCAGCCCGUGAUUACAACUCCUCCUACUAUGGCCUCAUGCUCUUCGGACACCCGCUUCUGGUGUCCGUGCCCCGGGACCGCCUCUCCUGGGACGCCCUGUACCACAUCCUGCUAUACCGCCUCUCACGCUAUGUGACCAGACCCAGCUCGGAUGAUGAGGAUGAUGGUGAUGAGAAAGCAGACGUGGAGGGUGGUAAGAACAUCCCCAAGCCUGGAAACGUGGCUGGGGGCAGUUCCCAAGACCCUGGGCCGGAGCAGGCUGGGCCCAGUUCUGGAGUCGCUAGUGGGAGCCGGGCCCCCACGGACAGCUCUCCUGGACCAUCACACUGGCCCCAGAGAACUCGGCGCAAGCACCUGUUCACCCUGCAAACGGUGAAUUCCAACGGGACCAGUGACCGUUCCAACUUUAACGAGGAUACUCAAGCCCAGCCCUAUAUCGCCAUCGACUGGGACCCAGAGAUGAAGAAGCGUUACUAUGACGAGGUGGAAGCUGAGGGCUACGUCAAGCAUGACUGCGUGGGGUAUGUGCUGAAGAAGGCUCCUGUGCGACUGCAGGAAUGCAUUGAGCUCUUCACCACCAUGGAGACCCUGGAGAAGGAGAACCCCUGGUACUGCCCCAACUGCAAGCAGCACCAGCUGGCCACCAAGAAGCUGGACCUGUGGACACUGCCUGAGACACUCAUUAUACACCUGAAGCGCUUCUCCUACACCAAGUUCUCCCGAGAGAAGCUGGACACCCUUGUGGAGUUUCCUAUUCGGGACUUGGACUUCUCUGAGUUUGUCAUCAAGCCACAGGACGAGUCAGCCCCAGAGCUGUACAAAUACGAUCUCAUUGCCGUGUCCAACCAUUAUGGCGGCCUGCGUGAUGGACACUACACGACAUUCGCCUGCAACAAGGACAGUGGACAGUGGCACUACUUUGAUGACAACAGCGUCUCACCUGUGACCGAGAAUCAGAUUGAGUCCAAGGCCGCCUAUGUCCUCUUCUAUCAACGCCAGGACGUGGCAAGUCGUCUGAAAACCAAGACCCAGCCUGGCCAAUCUGACCCCCCAGCACCUCCUGCCUAUGACCCCAUAUCUGAGUCCAUGGAUGUAAACUGAACAACCUCGGGCCUGCAGCAGGAAAGGAAGCUCUCUCUGCUCUCUUCCUUCUCCCCUCCACCCCUGCCCUCUUAACCAUGUAGGUGCCCCGUGCCAGGCAUCACAGGCUUAGUUGUGGCUACUGUUUUCUUGUGCGCCAUAUUGCUCUUUCCCGGGAAGAAGAGGUUGUGUGUCCUCCCGGCAGUGUGUUUCUGCCUGUGUUGCCCCCUUAGAGCAUUAACCUUCCCUUCUCUCCUGUAUUUAUGGUUGUUCUCCUUCCUGUGUCGUUAAUCUGGGGUGUACUGAAGGGUGGUGGUGGUACACCUCAGCACAGAGUGUAUUUUCUUAUUGAGACCCUGUACUUUGCGCUGUGUAUAUAAAAGUGCCAGUGUGUCCCUCGGCA